AUGGAGCCUGAGUUUCAGCAAGCUAACCAACGUUCUAGUGAGGAAGAUGCAGAGCUUGAGAAGAGUGUUAGGAAAGACAAAGAGAAAGUUGUGGAGCCAAAUCGGUCCCAGGUCAGCUACAAAGAUAGGCUGGUGGGAGACAUUCCUGGUGCCUAUGCACAAGCUUUUCGCUUUGACAAAGAGGAAGAGGCUGGGGAUGAGGCAGAUUCAGAUACUGAAUUGGAUGAGCUAGUGGAAGGUAUGGUGGAUGUGAAACUUACUAAAGAAACUAAGGCUAGGAUUAGAGCUCCUUGGAAUAAGGCAUUGAUAGUGAAAGUGUAUGGCAAAACUGUGGGAUAUAGUUACCUCACUUUCAAAAUCAAUACCUUAUGGAAGCCUGUUGCAAAGAUGGUUUGUGUUGAUCUUGGAAAGGAUUUUUUUCUGAUCAAGUUUAGUGAUAAAUCUGACUAUGAUAAGGUGCUUCAAGGUGGCCCCUGGUUUGUUGGGGAGCACUUUCUAGCAAUAAAACCAUGGGAACCAUAUUUUAAAGCUUCAGAAGCUUCGUUCUCUUCAGUGGCUGUUUGGAUUAGAUUUCCUGAGCUCCCUAUUGAGUUCUAUGACCCUAUGGUGCUUAGAGAGAUUGGCUCAGCCAUUGGACCGGUCUUGCGGAUUGACUCCUACACUGCGUCGGGUUCAAGAGCAAGUUUUGCUCGUCUGUGUGUCCAAAUUGAUCUUUCCAAGCCUUUAGUCAAUUUGGUCAGAAUGGGACGGCUAAGGCAAAAGGUGAUGUAUGAGGGUAUCUCAGCUUUGUGUUUUUGUUGUGGGAGGCUUGGGCACAAGCAAGAGUGCUGUGGAUACCGUGUAAGACCAUUGGAGAAGAAUAGGGAGGAAGGUCCUUCAGAGAAGCAUAAGGUGCAGCAGAAUGAACGUGAUGGUCAUUCGGAACAAAGUGUCCAAUCUGAUUCCAACUUUGGGGACUGGAUGAUAGUUACUAGAAGGAAAAAUUCAGUUAGAAUGGGACGAAAUCGUGGGACCAAGUCACCCCACCAGCAAACUAGUGCUGCUCCCAAGGAAAGUAAGGGCAAAGAGGUAAAAUCAAGCCCUAUGCCAUCUCCCAAUACUGAAGUGACUUUUCAAUUUCAGUCUGGUCACGUGAAGAGAGCCGUUGGUGCGUCUGAUAGUUCUGAAGCAGCGCUCACAUCAAGCAGGUCGGGCGAGAUUCGCACGCAAGCUGUGCAUGGAGAUUGCCAUUUUGGUAAUCAGGUGGCUUUUCAAAAGCCUUUCAAUCAUGAUCUGGGUACCCCUUCUUCCCAAACAACUAUUCUUAGAAAUAAGAAAGCCAAGCUCUCUAAACCAGGCCGUGAGAAGAGGAGUCCAAGCUCCAGUAGCGCUAAAACCUUGAAGAGAGCCAACCCCGAACCAGAUUCGUGCUUGAAGCCUUCUGCUCUUGCUCCCGAUCCGUGCAGCCAUGGAUUUUCCUUUCCCAACCCUCCUUUCACUUCCCACGGUGGGGUGGGCAAUUUGGUACAGGAACAAGUUGAUAGCCAUUCCAGAGGAGCUGAUUGCUCAAAUCCGUGCAGCCCCAACGGAAUCAAUGGGUCAGUUCGAAGAGGAUCUUGCGACAGCCUGGAAGCACAUCUUCCCAAUCACCCCGAGCAGUGUAAGAACAGGGAGUCUUCCCCUGGAUCAUCCUGCUUGGGAUAG